CAGAAGAGACUCAACCCAAACCACCAGACUCUGAACUGGGAUCAGAAGAGACUCAACCCAAACAGCAACAGAAAAGACCACCAAAAGAUGUUCUAAAGUCCUGUAGAAAAGACAUCAUAGACAGCAUUCAUCCAGUAAUUCUUUCCAUAUUGGAUCAGCUGGUCCAAGAUAAUGUAAUUGAAGACAGGAAGUAUGAAGAUAUCAAAGAACAGACACCCCGAAGAGGUGCAACAGAACUUGUGGACUAUCUUUGCACACUAGAACAACUUGCUUAUGACUCAUUCAAAAAAGCUCUAAAAGAUGCAAAACUUCCUCAUCUUGUCAAGAAACUGGAGGAGGCUGAAACAUGUUCUUCUUUGAGUAAACUCAGUCACUCAAUCACUCCUUCGAGCCCACUUGGAACCAUUAAAAAUGAUCUUGAGGAGUCAUCUCAAACAAAAGACACUUUGAAGCCCCAAACAGACCCAUAUACAGAUUCCAACACACAGGGACAAAGCCCAACAAUCAUACAUCAUGUACAACAUAUACAUGUACAUGUACAUCAUGAUCAUGCAGAUAAUGACCAUAUAGACCAUGCCGCAAGUUUGCCAAAUAUGAAUACGUUAACAGAAAGUAAUACAUGUAGUAGUACAUUGUGCCGCAGCUGUUCAGUGGACACGGGUAGUGUAAAGCAAGUGACAGCAAGAGAGGAGCCUCAAACAUCCAAUGAUGUACCAUCAGUCAGCACAGUGAACAUACUUCUUGUGGGGUGCAAGCGUAAUGGAAAGAGUGAAACAGGCAAUACUUUGGUCAACCAAAAAGCUUUCAAAGUUACCCGCAAAGGUGGAACACAGGAAUCUGAGAAGUGCACCAACACUUUAGAUGGUCUGGAUGGUGUGAAAAUAAAAGUAACUGUGGUUGAUACUCCAGGACUUUCAGAGAUGCCAAAAAAAUCUGAGCUGGAUGAGGUCAAGAAAGGGGCCAACAUGAUGACUGAGGGUGUUGAUGCUGUUGUGCUAGUUUGGAACAAUCAAUCAGACGAAAAUGAAGAUAAAGAAAAUGAAGUGUUUCAUUCACUCCAUAAGAUGUUUGGUGAUGAUCUCUACAAGCAUCUUGUGAUCAUUGUGACACACAUGGAGCAAGAAGAGUUACCACAGUUUCUAGAAGAACUUCCUGCUGAAAUGAAAGACUUGGUCGACAAGUGUGAAGAGAGAAUAGUAGCCUUUGACAACAAAUCUAGAGACAAGGAAGCACUAAACCAGAAAACUGAACAGCUCUUACAAGCCAUGACAAGAUUUCCAACUCAAAGACUACAAAUCAAGCAUGAGAAGAAGACCACCAAUGUUGAAGAUAUAAACCUCCUGUUGAUUGGAUGCAAAUGCAAUGGGAAGAGCAGCACAGCUAACACAAUCUUAGGGGAGAAUAUGAUGAUUGUUUCUAAGAGUGGAACAAAGAAAAGUCAAAGGGAAAUAACUUCCUACAUACCACCAUGGUGUGAUGACUUGGAGGUAAAGAUUGGAGUGACUGAUACACCAGGAGUUUCUAAAGAAAUGACUGAGUCAGAAUUUAAGCAACUGGAGAAAGCAGUGCAUAAGAACCCUGGGGGCAUUGAUGCUAUUGUGCUAGUCUGGUCUGACAGGAUGUCUGAAGAUAUUGCUGAAUUGGAAAAUAAAGCAUUUCAGUCCCUACAUCGAAUGUUUGGUGAUGAAAUGAAAAAGCAUCUUUUGAUUGCAGUAACCAGCACCAUGCACAAUUCAAUUGAAGAGUUUUGUCAAGAGCUUCCUGAAUCAUUGCAGUCAAUCCAACAAAACAGUCAGGGCACUUUUGGCUUUGACAACAAGUACAAAGACAACCAAGAUGCCAUUCAUAAACUUAUUAUAGCUGCACAAGAUAUCAAGAGAAACCAUGGACGGUACACCAAAGAACAUCUGUAUCCGACAUGUCGGAUUCAGCCAGGUGAAGAGUUAAGGGUAGCAGUGAUCGGAAAGACAGGGUCUGGCAAGAGCAGCACAGCAAACAUGAUAGUGGGGAGUGAUGAGUUUGGAGUGACCUGCUCAGCAUCUUCACAAACCAAAGUGAGCACUUAUGAGAUCAGGAACAAAGGUGAUCGCAAAAUAGCUGUGGUUGACACACCUGGGAUCUGUGAUACAGAUAGCAAUCACGAUUACAUCUGUAAUGAAAUCUGUAAAAUAGCAACAACCUUCUCAAAAGGUCUCCAUGCACUCCUGUUGGUGGUAACACUUGCAAGGUUCACACAAGAAGAGGUUGAUGCAAUAGAAAUGCUGAGAAAGCUAUUUGGUGAAGAAUUCAUGGAAUAUGUUGUGAUAGUGCUCACACAUAAAGAUGAUGUUGACCAAGAUCCUAAAUUCAUGGGUGAUGUAGAGAAAUACAUUGAUGAUGCUCCUAAAAACUUCAAAAAAUUGUUGGAGGAAUGCAAGGGGCAGUAUGUCUUAUUUGACAACAAAACAAGGGAUGAAACCCUAAAAAGACAGCAGCUUGCAAAACUUGUUAACUUGAUAACAGAUAGAACAGCUGUACAUCCUUUUACAGAUGAAAUAUUUGAAGAGGGUCAAAGGGAGAAAGACAAAAUCAUAGAGGAGAUAACUGUACCAAAGAGUGAUGAUGAUGGAGUUCAAAAUCCUCCAUUGGCCCAAACAGUCAGUUCUCCAAGGGGGCAAAACGAUAAUCCUGAUGACAAAGAAGGGGACAUACAUGUAUCUCCCCAUCCAGAAGGACCCUGCAGACCAGAACAUGCUCCAAAGAGUGAUGAUGAACUUCAAAAUCCUCCCUUGGUCCAAACAGUCAGUUCUCCAAGGGAGCAAAACAAUAAUCCUGAUGACAAAGAAGGGGACAUACAUGUAUCUCCCCAUCCAGAAGGACCCUGCAGACCAGAACAUGCUCCAAAGAGUGAUGAUGAACUUCAAAAUCCUCCCUUGGUCCAAACAGUCAGUUCUCCAAGAGGGCAAAACGAUCAUCCUGAUGACAAAAAAGGGGGCAUACAUGUACAUGUACCUCCCCCAUCCAGAAGAACCCUGCAGACCAGAACAAGCUGCAGAACCAGCUGGACCCACAGAACAAGUGACAGUUGCACCUUGGUCAAGAGAGGAAAUAAUAGAAGACAAAGCACGAAGGGAAGCUAUUAACC